CUUGCGACAGGCUCCUCGGUGGAAAAUUUGUCAACAACUGCAGCAACGAGCAGUCUCUCUGACAGUGCUGCUAAUGUUCCCCCAGGUGCAGCUUCACAGCCUGUGCAGCAGAUCAGCUGGAAUCCAAGGAUUUUUGCAGCCGCUGUUCGGGAAUUGGCUCCAACUUUGAAUUGGUCGGAAGUUAUAAUGCACCUUGAUCAGACGAACUUUGUCGUGCGAAAUAAGCCGCAGCUACAACUAUUAACAGCGUUAUUGCUUGAGGGGCUCGGCUCGAAUUCGUUUCCAAUAGGAUUGCUUUAUCGGGAAUGGAAUUUUCAUAAACUCGGCCAGCUAUCAUGGAUUGAACAGAUUUUGCUCAACACGGACGUUUUCUGCUUUGCUGAUUACCCGUACAAAGCAGUCAAUCUAUCAGUGCUAAAAGUACAACCAGAAGAGACACGAGAAUUGAGUAACUGGCGUUGUUUGGACUUGGUGGAUACACUGGUUCGAUUGGGUGAAUUGAAGAAAUUCAUGAAUAUUGUGUUGAAUAUUCUGCUUCGGCCGGUCAAUUUAUGUCCAGAUGUGCUACUCUUGGCACUGCUGCAGAUACAGAUCCCGACGUCGACUCUGCGAAUGCAUCUUUGUCAGCUACUGAUACCAGCACUGAUUGGGAGUCAUCCAAAUGCUGUUGCUGUACUGAAUGUAGCCUGGAAUAGCGAAGAUAAAGCACAGCUGAGACCAGCAAUAUUAACCGCUCUGUCCAAUUUUUACGUGAAAAGUCCCGAUGACCAGGCGAAGUUAACUCGAAUUCUGGAAAUUGGACAUGAACUGAAGCCAGAUGAUGCUUUUGCUUCACAGAUAAUCAGUUUCAUACGCCGAAGGAUGCCAACAGGGGUGAUGAGUAGCUGUGUUUUACCGCAGGAUACGAUGAAAAUUUUGUUGAGUGCGUUGGGCAAGGCCACAUGCAUGUCAAGCACAACAGUGAAUGAAUUAACAAACUUGUAUGUGCAUAUCGAAUCACAGAAGGCACUGAAAAGCGGUCAGGCUAGUAGUUCAAGUGGCAGCAUAUCAACGUCGCGGGCGCAGCUAAACAUCAGCGGGUCUGCGCAUGCUCCUACCACAACGGGCAUGUUUGCUAGCGGUUUGAGUACCACUUCAAGUGCACCAGUGCAACAACAACAGCAGCAGCAGCCCCCGGGUAUUAGUUUUGCUAGCAGUUUUCCACUUGGAACAACAGGAUUCGGCACGACAAGUCGCGAAGUGCUUGAAUCCGGAAAAUCAAGAAAUGUCUCCUCUGGCGUAUUUCAUUUAGUACAUGUUGCAGCAAAUGGCACCAGUGUAACUGGAAAGUUUGCCCAGCUUUCUUCAGCUGCCUUAAUCGCUGAUUUUACAACCCUUUACCGCUUAAGCUUGAUCACUGAUAAUGAGGAUCUUGAUAGCAGUCGCGAACUGAAUUAUUGCUAA